AUGGAGCAUAAAGUUAAGAGAAGCACCUUAACUAAAGGAGGAUGUGGAGGCUCCUAGAGGCGAAGCUCUGUGGCCUAACUUGAGUUCAGGGCUGCUUAGGGUGGACAGGUCGCAUGCCCAGGUAGCUGAAGAUCCCCACGCUGGGUCCUCAGGCGCCUGCGGGAGAGGGCUCCGAGAGAAGUGGAAGCCUAAGUCGGACGGGUGGGAACAGUCUGGAGUCAGGGGACCGAAGUACCCCAUGGCGUGACCGCUCCUUCCCUCCGCAGAACACAGCCCGAGCGACGUUCCCGCCGCUCCCAAUAAAAGCGUUUAGGUCCACGGUGCUGUUGCCUCGAGUAAUUUCCUUCGUUCCUUCCCUCCACCACCCCCGCUGAGAGCCCUGUCCCGCGAGUGUCCUGCUGGUGGGAGGGCCUUCGGGAGGCGGACUGGCCUCGGCGCGGGACCACUACUCCCAUGGGGCGGGGCGAGACCCGAGGACUACAAGUCCCGUGGUGCCCCGCGACCGCUUCCGGGUCAGGGCGGGGUCGAGCGGCUAGGAGUGUACGCAGCCAUGCUCCGCGCGCUGAACGCCCUGUGUGCGGGGGCCCCGCUCCGGCCUCAGGCGGUGCUGCUGAUACCGGCGCGCGACCGCAAGACCCGCCACGACCCACCGUCUAAGUCCAGUGCCGGACGCGUGAGGACGCCGCCCGCCGUGGACCCUGCGGAGUUCUUCGUGCUGACGGAGCGGUAUCGGCUGUACCGCCAGGUCGUGCGCGCCCUCAGGCUGGAGUUCGUGACGGAGGUGCGGAAGAAGCUGCACGAGGCCCGCGCCGGGGUCCAGGCGGAGCGCAAGGCACAGGAGGAGGCGGCCGAGCAUAGGGAGCUGAUGGCCUGGAACCGGGCGGAGAACCGGCGGCUGCACGAGCUGCGGCUGGCGAGGCUGCAGCAGGAGGCGCAGGAGCAGGAGCGGCUGCACGCGGAGGAGCGGGCGCGCCGGGCCCUGGAGGAGCAGGCCUGGGUGCGGCUCAAGGAGCAGGAGGUGCAGCAGCUGCAGGAGGAGGCGAAAACCUUUAUCACCCGAGAGAACCUGGAGGCGCGGGUGGAAGAAGCACUGGACUCCCCGAAGAACUACAACUGGGCCAUCACCAGAGAGGGGCUGGUGGUCAGGCCCCAGCAGAAGGGCUCCUAGGAGCCCAGAAGAGACAGUACUGCCAAGGGACCACAUGUGCCUGGGUUACAGGGCCGAGCCUUCCUACACAGAAAGCUCGGCCUUUUCCAGAGCGGCCCUCAUGUUCUGGCCUCUACACUCAGCACUUGGUCAGGAACUCCAAGCUCACUGUGCUCUUCUGCACCAGAUCAACCUCAGGACAGCACCAGCCCAUCUCACUGAGGCUAAGCCUGGGCUGCAGUGCCCUUGGGCAGCCAGACCAUCUUCUCAGUGUCAUUCAGGGCAAUGGUUAGCAAAUUACAAUCGGCAAGCCAAAUGUGGUCAGCUCAUUGUUUUUGUAAAUAAAGAUUUAUUGAAACACA